AUGUCCGACGACGAUGAGUACUAUGAAUUCGAGGAUGAUUACGUGUAUGAGGAUUUAGUCCCGGACAUGGUCGACGAUCUCGCUGCUUCCUCAUACUACGAAGCCGCCCUAUAUGAAGACCCAGGGAUCGAUGUCGAAGACUAUUUCAGCGACUGGGACUAUUAUUCAGACGAUUACCACGACGAUGACGCAACCGUCGACCAAAGCGCAGAGAGGAAGAAAAGAACCGAGAUCGCAGCGACAGCACCACGACGAACGAAGACAUCUUCUCGCACACAGGGCCACAUCGCCAGAAUCCCGCCGACGAAAUCCCCUUUGAUGCCGGAUAUCGCCUCCUUCCAGGGUGUGGUGUGGAAAACACCCGCGCUGGACCGGGAUCUGGACGUCGCGAUUUUGUACGAGCCCGAUACAGGCGAGAAAGUCGCGCUUCUAGAGAACUGGCGGGAGGUCUUCAAACAUUCCCAACCGGCGCUAGAUAGGUCGCGCUUGAAAAAGCGAAACGGGACUGAAUCUAAGCCCGUCGACCCCUCGCUGGCUGACGAUGAAAUGUUCGCUGAUGACGGUACCGACGACGAGCUCGAUAGUUCGGAUGAGAUGUCUGACGUUAUCUUGUCGGAUACCUCGGAUAUUGAUGCUGAGGACGCUGGGGAUGCCUCGAAUACAACUCCCGAUCCGGACCCAGACUCUUUCCGCUCGCUGAAACUGUCUUCGCCGCCAAAGGUUGUGAUUCCGUUGAAGAGAGGACUGAAGCGGAAGGCGGCUGAACAAAAGGAUGACACAGACGAGGACACGGCGUCACCUCAUCCGAAGCGGGUUGAGUUGCGGAAAGGCGGCGAUGACAAGGCUACAAAGCGUGCGGCACCACCGGUGCGCAGGUCGGCUAGGCAGAAGAAGUAG